UUGAGGGUCCUCUUCCUAUCUUCAGUUGCGUCGGCAGUUGGAGGAGAACGGACGGAGAUGGCGGCGGUCGCAGCGGACCCAGCUGCAGCUGCCAUCCCGGCCUCCGCCGAGGAGAAAGAGACACAGCGCGAGGCAAUGCCAGACCUGGACGAGCAGUGGCGCCAAGUCGAGAAUGGGCGAGAGCGUCCACUGCGAGCUGGCGAAAGCUGGUUCCUUGUGGAGCAGCACUGGUAUAAACAGUGGGAGGUGUACGUGAAGGGAGGGGACCAAGAUGCUAAUACCUUUCCUGGCUGUAUCAACAAUUCUGGGCUCUUCGAAGAUCAGAUAAACUGGCACCUCAGGGAGGGACUGCUAGAAGGAGAUGAUUAUGUGCUGCUCCCAAUGACUUCAUGGAAUUACCUGGUCAGCUGGUAUGGCCUAGAAGAUGACCAGCCACCUAUUGAGCGCAAGGUCAUAGAAGUUUCUGGCAUCCGAAAGGUGGAAUUAUACCCAAUAGAGCUGCUGCUUGUCCAGCACAGUGAUAUGGAAACAGCUCUCACCAUUCAGUUCAGCCACAGUGAUUCUCUGGACUUAGUCUUGCAAACAGCUCGGGAGCAGUUUCUGGUGGAGCCUCAGGAAGACACACGCCUCUGGGUCAAGAACUCUGAGGGCUCCUUGGAUCGAUUGUGUAACACACAAAUCACACUGCUUGAUGCCUCCCUUGAGACUGGACAGUUGGUCAUCAUGGAAACCCGAAACAAAGAUGGCACUUGGCCCAGCGCACAGCUGUGUGGCAUGAACAACAUGCCAGAAGAGGAUGAAGACUUCCAGGGUCAGCCGGGCAUCUGUGGCCUUACCAAUCUGGGCAACACGUGCUUCAUGAACUCGGCCCUACAGUGCCUCAGCAAUGUGCCACAGCUCACGGAGUACUUUCUCAACAACCGCUACCUGGAGGAGCUCAACUUCCGGAACCCUCUGGGCAUGAAGGGUGAGCUUGCUGAGGCCUAUGCAGAUCUGGUAAAGCAGACCUGGUCUGGCUACCACCGCUCCAUUGUGCCGAAUGUCUUCAAGAACAAGGUUGGCCAUUUUGCAUCCCAGUUUCUGGGCUACCAGCAGCAUGACUCACAGGAACUAUUGUCAUUCCUUCUGGAUGGGCUACAUGAGGACCUCAAUCGAGUCAAAAACAAAGAAUAUGUUGAGCUGUGCGAUGGUGCUGGGCGCCCGGAUUUGGAAGUGGCUCAGGAAGCCUGGCAAAACCACAAACGACGAAAUGAUUCUGUGAUUGUGGAUACUUUCCAUGGCCUCUUCAAGUCUACGCUGGUGUGCCCUGAUUGUGGCAAUGUGUCUGUGACCUUUGACCCCUUCUGCUACCUCAGUGUCCCACUGCCUGUCUCCUCCAGGAGGGUCUUGGAGGUCUUCUUUGUUCCCAUGGAUCCCCGCCGCAAGCCAGAACAGCACCGGGUUGUGGUCCCCAAGAAAGGCAACAUUUCAGAUCUGUGUGUGGCUCUGUCCACACACACAAGUGUUGCACCAGACAAGAUGAUAGUAGCUGAUGUCUUCAGUCACCGAUUCUAUAAGCUCUACCAGCUGGAGGAUCCUCUGAGUAGCAUCUUGGAUCGGGAUGAUAUCUUUGUAUAUGAGGUGACUGGUCGGAUUGAGCCUGUUGAGGGUUCAAGAGAUGAUAUCGUGGUUCCUGUUUACCUGCGAGAGCGAACCCAAUCCCGAGACUUCAACAACUCCUACUAUGGGCUGAUACUUUUUGGGCACCCUCUCCUGGUGUCUGUGCCCCGGGACCGGUUCUCCUGGGAAGGCCUAUAUAACAUCCUGAUGUACCGGCUUUCACGCUACGUGACCAAACCCGCCUCAGAAGAGGAUGAUGGAGACGAGAAAGGUGAUGAGGAGGAAGAGGAGGAGGAGGAUGAGGAGGAAGAGGAUGAGGAGGAGGAGGAGGAUGACAACGAAGACAGCAGCAGCGAUGAAGAAAAAGAGGAAAUUCCUGAACCUUCCACUAGCAAUGAUGAUCAAGAAACAGAGCAGGAGCAGGCUGGGCCCAGCUCUGGGGGCACCAGGAGAUGCCCAUUUCUCUUAGACAACAGCCUUCACACAUCUCAGUGGCCCCCAAGGCGACGGCGAAAGCAACUGUUUACCCUGCAGACAGUGAACUCCAAUGGAACCAGUGACCGGAACACCUCCCCUGAAGAAGUUCAAACCCAGCCAUACAUUGCCAUGGAUUGGGAGCCGGAGAUGAAGAGGCGUUACUACGAUGAAGUAGAGGCUGAGGGAUAUGUGAAGCAUGACUGCGUGGGAUACAUGCUGAAGAAAAGUCCAGUGCAGCUGCAGGAGUGCAUCAAACUCUUCACCACUGUGGAAACCCUUGAGAAGGAGAACCCCUGGUACUGCUCCUCCUGCAAGCAGCACCAGCUGGCCACCAAGAAGCUGGAUCUCUGGAUGUUGCCUGAAGUUCUCAUUAUCCACCUGAAGCGUUUUUCAUUCUCCAAAUUUUCUCGGGAGAAGCUGGACACCCUGGUGCAGUUUCCUAUCCGGGAUCUGGAUUUUUCCGAGUUUGUCAUCAAACCAAAGAAUGAGUCUACUCCAGACAUGUACAAAUACGAUCUCAUCGCAGUUUCCAACCAUUAUGGUGGCAUGCGUGAUGGACACUAUACGACAUUUGCCUGCAACAAGGACAGUGGCCAGUGGCACUACUUUGAUGACAAUAGUGUCUCACCUGUGAAUGAGAACCAGAUUGAGUCCAAGGCAGCCUAUGUUUUGUUCUACCAACGCCAAGAUGUGGGUCGCCGCCAGUCCCAGACUGCUUCAUCCAAUACCCCAGCUUCUCCUGCCUCUGGUUCUCCAUCCAAUCCUGAAGUCAUGGAUGUUAACUAAGGGGAACUGGAACUACCACAGAG